AUGGAAGAUCGAGAAGAAGCCUUGCUUGAUAAUUUUCAGGUUAGGCCAAUUUUAAUUAAUCGUGUGUUUGAGGCUCAGAUGUAUGAUGAAGAGACCCAGGAAAUAAUUCAAGCAAGGAAUCAAGGCAAAAAGAGGGAUUUCGGGAUUCGAGAAACUGAUGCUGGUGGAUUAAAAAAUGUUCUUGUUAUUGGGGUUGAUGCUCUUUCUCGGAUUGUUGACUGGACCGAUAGAAGAACGUACCAUGAUCUCUUCGGGGAUGUUGCUGGGGCUGUAUUAAUACAGGCCUGCGAUGGUGAGGAUGAUGGUUUGCUUUCUUUUGAUAUGCAUAGUGAUGGUGAAGGAUACAGACAUCUAAAUGCCGCCUUGAAAGAAAAUGAAACAGACGAUGAGUUGGGUUCUAAUGGUUCAGUCCUAGGCUUCCCUCCAAGACAAGCUUCAUAUUCCUGCCUUCAAAUGAAUGGUAAAGAGGUCUUUCACUUUGCUGUGCGUGUUAUGCCGCAGUCAAUUGAGUAUUCCCUUGCAAAGGCUGGUCUCCCUGCAUCUAGCAUUGAUUUGUUACUGCUCCAUCAGGCAAACCAGAGGAUCCUUGAUGCGGUUUCUACUCGCAUGCAAAUCCCAUCAAAACAGGUGAUUUCAAACUUGGCAAACUAUGGCAACACGAGCGCUAGUUCCAUAUCGUUGGCAUUGGACGAAGCUGUGAGAAGCGGGAUGGUGAAACUAGGCCAAACUAUUGCAGCUGCCGGUUUUGGAGCAGGUCUGACUUGGGCUUCUACCACUUUCAGAUGGGGUUGAAACUCGAAACCUCGCCUCCUGCCAAUACAGAACAAGAACGUCAUCCUAGCCGUAUGAAGCACGGUUUUGCAAUUCUUGCAUCACGUUCCAAAUGUAUUAGGUAUUGUUGCAUCAUAAUCUCCA